CUACAAAGGAUCGAGCAGCUGCAACUUACCCCAUCAGUACGUUCUCAUCCCAUAAAGGCAUAUAUAUGGAUGGAUGUAUCGAUGGCGAGCUGCUCCUCCUCCGAGCUACGAGCUCAAACACGCCAAGAAAGCAAGAAAACUGUAGCCACCGCGCGCACGACGGCACGACUAGCUAGGCCACGUUGACGUUCAAAACAAGCAUAGCGUCGUCGUCUGAUCUCUGAUCGCGUCGACGACAACGUUGAGUCGGUGACCACACCAAGCAGGCGGUGAUGGCAGCCACCAUAUCUUCCUGCCUGAGCCUCCUGCCCACCGUGCACCACCGGGGCUUCCCCAAUGCGGCACUGACGAACACGGUUCAGCGCCGUCGUCGUUCUUGCCGCUAUGUCGUCGUCGCCUCGGCGUCCACAACCAACCGGGCGGCCCCUGUGAUCGGGGAGACGGGCAGCGGCUCUGAUCAGGCAGCGAAGCCGUCGGGGCAUUCUGACGAUCACGGGGAACUGGCCGCACGGUGGCGGGAGAUCCAUGGCAGCAACAACUGGGAGGGUCUGCUGGACCCCAUCGACGACGUGCUCCGCGGCGAGCUCAUCCGCUACGGCGAGUUCGCGCAGGCCACCUACGACAGCUUCGACUACGACCGCUUCUCCCCCUACUGCGGCAGCUGCAAGUACCCUGCCAGGACCUUCUUCCACGACGUCGGCCUCGGCGGCGUCGGCUACGAGGUGAGCCGCUACCUCUACGCCACCUGCAACGGCCUCAAGCUCCCCAACUUCGCCAACCGGAAGCACACGGCCGCCGACGCCAAGCUGUGGAGCGAGUCCGGCACGUUCAUCGGGUACGUGGCCGUGUCGACCGACGAGGAGACGGCGCGGCUCGGCCGCCGGGACAUCGCCGUGGCGUGGCGCGGCACGAUCACCCGCCUCGAGUGGGUGGCCGACCUGACGUCCGACCAGAUCCCUCUGCGCGAGACGGGCGUCCCGUGCCCGGACCCGGACGUGAAGGUGGAGAGAGGGUUCGCGGCGCUGUACACGGACAAGGACGCCGGCUGCCGGUUCUGCAGGUACUCGGCGCGGGAGCAGGCGCUGGCCGAGGUGCGCAAGCUGGUGGAGCUCUACCACGGGCGGGGCGAGCAGGUGAGCGUGACGGUCACGGGCCACAGCCUGGGCAGCGGGCUGGCGAUGCUGUGCGCGUUCGACGUCGCGGAGACGCGCGCGAACGCGUCGCCGGACGACGGCAGGGUCAGGGUGGCGCCGGUGUGCGUGUUCUCCUUCGCCGGCCCGCGCGUGGGCAACGUCGGCUUCAGGCGGCGGUUCGAGCGGGAGCUCGGCGUGCGUGCGCUGCGCGUGGUGAACGUGCACGACAGGGUGCCCAAGGUGCCCGGCGUGUUCUUCAACGAGGCGGCGUUCCCGGAGCUGGUGCUGCGGGCGGUGGGCAGGCUGGGCGUCGGCGGCGUGUACACGCACCUGGGCGUGGCGCUGGAGCUGGACCACAGGGCGUCGCCGUUCCUCAAGGAGACCCUGGACAUCUCGUGCUACCACAACCUGGAGGCGCACCUGCACCUGCUGGACGGCUUCCGCGGCUCCGGCGAGGGGUUCGAGCUCCGAGGCAGGGACCCCGCGCUGGUGAACAAGUCGAGCGACUUCCUCCGGGAGGACCACAUGGUGCCGCCCGUGUGGUACCAGGCGGAGAACAAGGGCAUGGUGAGGACGGAGGACGGGCGGUGGGUGCUGCCGCCGCGGCAGCGGGAGCUCGACCAACACCCGGAGGACACUGACCAUCACCUCCAGCGGCUCGGCCUCACCCUCACCGCGUGAAGGUGAAGCUAAACGAUGCGAGGCCUGCACGCUACGGAGUACCACUACUACUGUAGUGCGUGUACAAACAUAGCGUUGGCAGCUCGGUGGCGAUGGCGCGCUCCAGAGCGCGUCGAUGGCGUGCAUGAUGCGGGUGACGUGCGUCGGCAGUCGGUUACUCUGUUGCCGUGCGCGUUCGUGCAGUGGCAGCAGAAAGGUCGUGUGGUUCGAUUGUAAUUCCCUCUACUUGUGUUUGCAAAUUGUCAGAAAAGCUGCUGCUUGCAGCGCCAAAAAUCUCUGCGAUUUCCACCCGUUC